AAAUUUACUUGUAACAUGAAAUAAGUAUGAAAUAACAAAAUGGAAAUACUCAAGUACAAAUGCCCCAAAAAUGUACUUAAUUACAAUACUUAAUAAAUGUACCUAGUUAGUUCCCACCUCUCUGGAAAACACAGAGUACACAUCAGAACUUGCAGUAAUAUUACAGUAUUUUUCCAGGUUCAGUUCAGCGGUUCGUUUCUCCGCACCAGUAGGGGGCGCGCAGUCCCUCAGACGCGCGGUGGUUGUUUUUAAAUUCCUCAGAAAUAAAAUAGACAUUUUGGUUCAGCUGAGCUAAUAGACGAGGUGUAGUUAUUAACCUCCUACACCGAGUGCUGGCUGACGAUCUUCUGUCUUGGUGCAUAUAGAUGUGCGUUACAACUAUUUCCUUCUUCCGAUGAAUAUGCAACUGGUGCAAAGUUAAAAGAAAUAUCGUUAUAUAUUUGCAAAACGGAUAGUAUAAUAGCACGUUAGCUAUCUAGUUGCUAAGCUAGCUGCAGUUCUGUUUCCAGCUAACCUGGUCAGCGAGGUUCUGCUGUGAUGGCUGACUUCAGCAGCAGAGUCCUGACGUCUACUGAACACCUGCCGGUCGGAGGCAGUGCAGCAGGAAAAGCAACGUCGUCCUCAGUCGUGUCAGGAAAUGGGAACUGGGAUGGUGCAGGUGGGAUGGACCAGAUAACAGUUGUGAGAAUAGAUGACACACACAUUGCAGAGGAGCGGUCUCAUGUCGGGGGGAAGUUUAAAGACGGGUCUACAGAGUAUUUUGAGGUGAUGGAGUACUCGAUGCCUGCUGAGGAGGAGGUUGUAGGGGAAGAAGAGGAAGACAGCGUAUAUGUCAUUGAGUAUUCAAAUCCUGAAGAGGAAGGAGAGAGCUACCAGUUCACAAUGUCUGUGGAUAGAUCGCUCCCGACCAAAAAGCCGGUCAUCAAGCAUCCUGUGUUCAGAGAGAACACCAGAUCUCCUUUACCUGUGAUGUCCAAACCACCGAGGCCAUCGAGGCCGAGACACGAGAUCAGGCAGAAGAGGAAGACAGUAACAGAAGAGGAGGUUGAUAAGGAGGAGGUCAUGAGUAAUAAGAGUGUGUUAGAGCUUGGAGAGAACUACAGGGAUAUGAUGGAAAUGAAUUCAGGGCCAGAUAAAAGACUGGUGUGCUUACUGUGCCCACCGCCCGGCAGGAUCUUCAAGAGAGGCUCUGGUUUGGCCGUACAUUUGAAACAAAUGCACCACAUGGUGGAGAAGAAAACAUUCUUCUGCACAUCGUGCCAGCAGUCGGUUCGUACACAGAUCGAACUGGACGCCCACACGAAACGCCACGCAAACCAGGACGCAGUGUUCACCUGCCUCAUCUGCGCAGCGGAGACGGAAAACAAAACGGACUCGGAGAACACGGGGUUCAGAGGGUCAAAGUUGGGUCUGAAGUCGCACCUGGAGAAGAAGCACCCGGGCGUCAUCCCUCGCUGUGACAUCUGUAACAAAGGCUUCAAGUCGCUCGUGUCGUACCUGGCCGAUCAGUUCAGACACGUCGGCAGGUCGCCCUACUACUGCGCCAAAUGUCAGAUCUACGAGAUGACUGAGAGGGGUCUGAGUGUUCACAUGAAAAACCACGACAAGAAGAUGAAGAAGCAAGAGUGUGUUGAGAACCACCUGCAGACCGUGGGAGUCUCCGCCAUCGCCGACAACUCCGCCACAGACGACUCCGACUUCUGACACGUUUUGUUUUUGCACGUGAAUUUCUGUGUUUUUAGACACAAGCAGCAGCUCAGUGACCUCUUUGUCAGAGUAAUGUCUGACAUUUAUGCAUCUUUGACUGAACUGAACUGGACUUUGGACACAAUUGUUUGUUUCUCACAUGUAUCAAAUUUAGGAAACCCUUUUUGUCAGCAGCCCCUCCCUUUUUCAAUAUUUGCCUCAUGUUGUUCAUUAAUGUGCCGUGUGGUGGAGUCUUUCUACCUAUAGCGUCCAUCAGUAUCGUGUGUAGAGUAAAUGCGGUCAUGUUGAGUGGGAAUACAAGGAAAAUGACAUUAUUUCACAACCUGAGUCUUAUUUUCUAUAUUUGUCUGUAGAGCUGAUUUGCAUAUGUUAAAAUAAAUACUGUGUUUCUCCACAGUCUCAUUUAAAGGGAUAGAAAUAUGCUUAUUCAGUUAUUUGCUGAGGGUUGGAUGAGAAGAUCAGUGCCACUGGGUUAUGAAGCUUAUUGACCAUCUGCUGUCUCCUUAAAGCUCACUAAUUAACACAUUAUGUCUCAAUGACCAAAGUGUAAAAACAAGAAUUUGCUGUUUGACAGGGUUUUACACACCAGCUGUUUCCACCUGCUCCCAGUCUUUAUGCUCUGCUAAACUAACCAGCUACUGGUUUUAUAUUUCUAAGAGCGUACAGGAUGUGAGAGUGGUAUCAAUUUGUCAUCUCACGCCUGGCCAGAAAGCAAAUGAGCAUAUCAGAAUUCUCCGUUAAGUGAUCUUGAAUGCAGGAAGUCUUCGUUUGGUUUGGGAUUUGCAACAUGAGAUCAUUUCUUCUCAUUCAUUUUUACACAUUUCACAAAGUGUGCGUCAGCCACUCGCAAGUUCAACUGCAUAUAUGAGCAACAUUUAGGAUAUUUUUUUAAAACUGACCACCACAAGAAGUGCUCACAAUCCAAAUUAUGUCAAAAAAUAACAUGCAGCAGGGCUACACUUACUGCUUAUCCUGUGGAGUUGUCAUUAAAAUGUGAAAGACAGUGAAAAAUGUUUGGUUCAACCAACAGUCCAACACUGAGAUAUAUUCAGUGUACAACGAUAGAAAACAGAGAAAAUGAAUGAUUGAACUAAUUAUUUCAGCUCUAACAUAAAUAAGACUCAGGUUGUGAAAGAAAAAUGGUGAAUUUUCAGUUGAUCCCAACGGCUCUGCAAAGUGUUGAUGCUGUAUUUAUUCAGUAGUGUUUGUGUCGGUGCAUGAGUGUGUAAAUACUGUAUAUUCUCUGUUACUCAUGAGUUACUCGGUUACAGUAGAACAAAGUGAAUCCUUCACCACACGCUGAGAGAGGAUUAUUUCAUGUGAUGAUGUUUACAUCGUGUGGUUUAAAGACAUUUUAUGCUGACAUGCUUCCUGUGCACAGCUUUUCUUUUGUCCACACGUCACUCAACAGCUGCAAGUCUGCAGGGCAAUGCCAGGAGGUUUUCCAUGUUUUACUGCAAAUUAUGUGUUCUUUGCUUUACUGCUGACAUUUUCCGAAUUGUAAUGCAGCUUUGUAGGAUGAUGGCGACACAAUGUGAGCAUCAUUUCAGGGAGUUAUAAGUAGUCCAUCACAGUGAACAGGCAGCCUUCUGUAUCUACGUUUUGCGAAAGUUCUGCUCUGACAUCUGAGACCUUACAGUCAACUACAAACUGUUCAGCGCAAGAUGGAAACCGUUUCAUUCACAACAUAGCUCAGGCAGUUUAGGGUCUCCUGCUGUCAAAUUUAACAUGUUUAAGCUUUUUUAUUACCACAAGUUGGCUUAAAACCUGACAGGAUGAAUUAAAUUAAUACCGAAUGUUCAAUGUGAUGGAUCUCUGAAAGCUUCCUCAUACUGAUUUCAUAGAAAUGAACUGUGUCAUAUUUUUGCCUGGAAGUCAGAUAAAAUAAUGUGCAGCUCAUGUCAGUGAAGGAAAGCACACGUGAUUUGUUGUAUAGGAAUAGGAAGCGUAUUGACAUAGAAUGAUCCAGGUUAUUGUUUCCCCCAAAACAAAUGUCUGUAUGCAUGUAAACGUUGUCACUACAAAAGGAAAAAAAAAGACGUAUAUGGGCUUUUAUGACAGAAACUUCACAACUUUCAAUUCCCAUGUUGUCGUGGAAACCUUGAAAAGACUGGAGGUGUCGAUCACCGUCACACAGUCCUCUUCAGCAGGUGGAGUUUGCUCAGUCGUGUUUUUGAGCUGCAGCUCAGUGACGACUGGGCGAACUAAACGUACUGAUGAAGAUCAUGUGAUGUGAUCGAAAGCUCCAGAGCACAAACAGAGCAGAUUAUUUCGUCAGAUCUGUUUUAAAAACCAUAAAAACGUGAACAGGAUGAUACUGAUGCUACUUUUAAAAUAUUUUCUUAUAAACGAUCAUUGAAGUUGUUAAGUAAAAACACUAAAAGUUCGAUGGCUUUGGACUCAAUGUGACAUUUAUUGUUUAUGACAUUUAAAGGCUAAAAAAAAUCACUGAAAAACUAAUGGAUAGAUAGUUUAUUCACUGUUUAGUUGUAUUUUUUUUUUUUAAUUAAAAAGUGAAGUGUUUCAAACAUUUUGGCUCUGAUCUUAUUACAAAUCACAUGGGACUCCUCAGUGUAAUUUAUUUACAACUUAUUACAAUAAAUCAAGGAGUAAAAAAACACUAUUCAUGAGUAUCAAAGGUGCUGAAAUCGCUAAUCUGUCAACUGGGUUUGGUGCAUAAACAUGCACUGCAAUAAUCUGUUUUUAUUAAACAUUUAGAUGUUAAUGUGUUUUGUUUUACUUUUGAAAAAGGAAUUUUUGUCGUGUAUUUUUGUUUGCUGUUUCUUAAUCUUUGCUGUAACAAAUUGUCUGCAAUAUUUCCCUUGUGUUUUAUUUUAAUUUUCUGACAUCAUUAAAGGGAAACGCCACUAA